GCAUGUCGUGGAGAGCGUCUGGACACUGGCGUGACACUGGAACGCUCUCGACCUACUGAUGAGACUGACUGCGGUUACUUGUCCUACAGAAUUCCGGUAGCGGCUGAUUUCCUAAUCUGCUGGUCCACCAUACCAGGUCAUUAUUCGUGGCGCAACAUCUCUAGUGGUUCCUGGUUCAUACAGUCGUUGGUUCAUGUCUUGGGCAAGGAAUACACCUAUGAAGAUUUGCUGUCCAUGAUGAUAAAUGUCAAUAGAUAUAUGAUUAUUAACUACGAAUCCCACUGCCCUUCUAAUCACCACAUGCAUGGAAUGAAACAGACAGCCAGUAUUGUCGCUACUCUGAUGCGCAAGGUAUACCUUACACCUAAAUACUGACAACAUGAUGAGUGAAGAAACUCAACAUGAUCAGUCAGGCUUGCACUGGAGGCACCAAUAACCUUGUAAGAACACGUUCAAAUUUCUGAACGUGCAGAUCCUCAUGUAUCCUUGUUGUCUGAGAUAGAUAAGUUCUUGUGUUGGCCAGUAAAACUCAAGAAGAAACCCUGUAAAUUCUCUAGAGAAAGGAAAGCAAAAGAAAACAAGCCACUGUGGAACUUCCAUCGGAGUUCGAUGAUGUCCCACUAGAAUAGCCAGUCAAGUGGGACAUCAAUUAGUCUGUAAAGUCUGGCUAAUAACAAGGCAAAGUCUACAUUACUGUAAAACUGUAUUUAUAUCCAGUUAUUGUUGCUAAUUGCUCAGUGAAAAUUAUACUUUUAAAUAAACAAAUUAAGUUGUGUAAAUUAGUGUGUUCUUCUGGUAGUGAGUGUUCUUCAAGGAUAAAUCUAAGCAUUAAAUUUGAAUAAUUGUCUUUAAUAAUAUCUAAUAUAAUUGUUGUAAAUUAUUUUGUUAGCUGACAAGUUUAACACCAAGUGAACAAAGAAGUUUGCAGGUAUCUUGUAGAGUUUGUUUUAUUUUCAUACAAAUGAACCUUAUCAGGUAAAAUGUCUUUCAUUGCCAUGAGUGAUAACAUUAUCAUGUAGAAAAGUCUCAUUACCGUGACUUUGAAGAAAUUAGGUUAGAACAUUUUAGGAACGUGACCCCUCUUUG